AUAUAGGCAUGUAAUAUUGUCACAGCCGCAAAUACGUAUCCAACAUAACGCUGUUAUAUUUACGCCGCGUAUAUUCAUGAAGAAAUGACAAUAAACCAACAUGAACAGAUACAUGACUCUGAAUCAGCUUGGAGACGGCACGUAUGGAUCAGUCGUGUUGGGACAAAACAUAGAUACAGGAGAAAAGGUGGCCAUUAAAAGAAUGAAAAGAAAAUAUUAUUCUUGGGAUGAAGCAAUGAAUUUGAGAGAAGUUAAGUCUUUGAAAAAAUUAAAUCAUGCUAAUUUAAUAAAGCUGAGAGAAGUCAUUAGAGAAAAUGAUACUCUUUAUUUUGUAUUUGAAUACAUGAAAGAAAAUCUGUAUCAGCUUAUGCGGAGUCAAAGCAAAUUUUUUCCCGAACAGUCUAUCAGAAAUAUACUUUAUCAGAUAUUGCAAGGAUUGGCGUUCAUGCAUAGACACGGUUUCUUUCACCGGGAUAUGAAACCGGAGAACCUGCUGUGCUGCGGUCCCGAGUUAGUCAAGAUCGCUGAUUUUGGUCUGGCCAGGGAGACUCGGUCGCGUCCUCCGUACACCGACUACGUGUCCACUCGAUGGUAUCGUGCGCCAGAGGUGUUGUUGCAUUCGAUCAAUUACAGCACACCGAUCGACUUAUGGGCCGUCGGCUGCAUCAUGGCCGAACUGUACACGUUCAGGCCGUUGUUUCCGGGCACGAGCGAGAUCGAUCAAAUAUUCAAAAUAUGCUCGGUCCUAGGAACGCCUGAUAAGAAAGAAUGGUUUGAAGGUUACCAAUUGGCAUCAGCAAUGAGUUUUAAAUUUCCUCAAUUCAAACGAUUGGCGCUUAAUACGAUUGUACCAAAUGCAAGUCGCGAUGGAAUACAUUUGAUGGAACUAUUACUUAGUUGGAAUCCAAUUCGUAGACCAAGCGCACAAAGUGCUUUAAGACAACCGUACUUCCAAGUAGGACAACAACGUUUGAGUCAGGAUGUAGGAGAAGUGUCUUAUGCUAAGAUUGGUCAACAAAAAAGACAGCCCGUACAACUAAUGAAAUCACAAAUUUCACUCCUACAAUCUAACAGCAAUAAACAAUUAAAAUAUGAUAAACAAUGGGAAACGUUGACGAACAAGCCAAUCGGUAAUAAAGAAAAAACGUGGUACGAUAAUGAUGCAGAUGUUAUGGUGUUGAGCAAAAAGAAACUAAGUGCCAAGCAACAUUAUCUAUCCGUAGCCAGAUAUGUAACGGGGAGGGCUUCCAACUUUCAAGCAGCUGAGAAUGAGAGUAUAUCAAAAAGCAUGAGAAAUGAUACGUUUCCAUCUGUAAGCAAAGUGUCUUAUGGCCAAAGUGAUAAGAAUAAAAAUGGCAAACGACAUGGAAAACCCGAAUGGACGUCAAAGUACUUGGAGUAAAUUGAGUAAUAAUUAAAAUCAAAAGCUG